GAGUGAGCGCAAAAUGGCGCAAAAGCGCGGGAACUUGAACACAAAUAAACAAGAUGGCCGACGAAACAAGCGUACAAAAUUCCCAAUAUAAUCAAAAUGAUUUGCCAGAAUUACUGAAGCAAUACUAUAAAAGAAUAUUUCCAUAUAAACUGUAUUAUCAGUGGCUUAGUUAUGGCGAAGGUGAGAAAUGUCUUAGUAUAAAUAGUUAUUACUAUUAUUGACUUCGUAUUAAAUUUUAUGUGCACAGACAGCACAGUGUACCCAGACUGCAGAGUAUGGCAGUUUUCGACGAGAUCUCGGGUGUGCAAGACAAAAAUUCGGGUGUGCAAGUGUGCAAUCCUCAGUUAACGUAGUCAAGUGUGCACUUGUAAAUAGCUACAUGUUCUAAUGAUAUUAUUAAAACAAUGAUUGUUUAUUUGUACAAAUAACUAAAAUUUCUGCCUCUCAGGAAAACAAAACGUGGUCCAAAUUCUGACGAACAAACCGAAGAAUAUAUAUUUCGAUCGGAGUUAAAAGUCAUUAUGAACACGUACAAAAUAGCGUGUUUUUGACACACUUUGUGUCCUGUAAAAGGAAAAUGUGCAUGUCCUUGUAAUUGAGUUGUAAAUGGAAAAGUGUGCACUCGAAAAUGCCAUUUCCGACAAUGUAGGGACUCCAAAUUUCAAAAAUUUUCCGCUCGGCGCCAACCAUGGUGGCGCCUCGAGAAAAUCGGACCAAUUAUAAGUUCUCUUGUGCCCAUGCUUACAUGCUAUAGAUAGAAAUUCGAAACUUUAAUGGACAUUUUUCAUUUGCGCCCAUGAAUCAGCGUUCCCGAUUUUCAGGUGGUUGUUAUAUUAUACUUGUCUUAGAAGUCCUUAUUUUAAUGCCUGACAAAACUGGAAAAUAUUUGAAAUAUGUUUAAGUGUGCAAUACCAUUGGCCAAAAAAAAUCUCGAGUGUGCACUUGCCGUACUCUGCAGUCUGGCAGUGUACCAGUACCAAUCAUACCAAUACCACAUACUAGCCUGAAAAGUUUUAUUUCGGGCAAGAAAUAUUUUUUCAUUGGGAAAAAUGCGCAGAAAUGUUGGAUAUUUUCACAGGAAAUUUACAAUUGACCAAGUAUUUUUUUCAAUAGAAAGAACUGAAAGAUCAGAAAUCUGCUAUUCUGUUUGGUUCACCGUUCACAUUUCACAAAGCCUGAAAGCCCGCCACAAAGGCAUUUUGUGCAGAUUCUUCAGAAAUUGUUUGCAGUUUUUUACAAUUUGAGGAAUUUUGCACAGAUUUUCAUAAUUGCAAGAAUUUCUGCACAGGAAAUUAAUUUCCUCCAAAGCCAAAACCAAGGGUGGGUUGUAAGAUACAAUAUUAUAAAAUAACAUGUAUAUAACGCGUGCUCUGAUUGGUUGAAACCCGUGUUUGGAUCAGGCCAUCCGAACAUGGAAAUUUAAAAUGAAAUUUUUUUGAAGUGAGAUUUUAAUACGGAAAGUUGUUAUUUUAUAAAACAAUUACUUUAUGGUUUCUGUGUUUGGAUGGCCAUAUCCAAACACUUGGGAAUGUUGCUCGGGGUAAGAAAAUCGUGCAAAAUCACUUGCCUUCGGCUUGUGAUUUUGCGCACUUUUCUUAACUCUCGCAACAUUCCUGUGUGUUUGAAUCAGGCCAUCCAAACACGGAAACCAUAAAGUAAUUGUAUAAUCUGUUUACGCGUUCAGUAGAUUGAUAAGAAAUUUGGAAAGUAGAGAAUAGCUGUUGUUGCUUAAAAAGUAAUCAACUACUUCGCUUCUGAAAAAACGUAGUUCACUACGGCUACUGUUUUAAAAAAGUAGUCAAAAACUACCCCAUACUUAAACAUUGUUACUCCCUACAGUAGCGACAACAUGCAACUACUUCACUACACCUCUUAGUCCAUUGCCAAGAACCUCAGAGUUUGAUAAGGCUUUCUUACAUUGCCAGUGCUCAGUCUCUUAAUAUUGUUGUAUACCACUUUAUAGCCAAUGAGCUGAGUUCUCCGAGGUUGCAUAGACAGACCAUCCUUCAAGACGACCUGCAUAUAUGUACAUUUGUACAAAACUUCACAGUCUUUUUGUACAAAGCAUCACAGAUAUGUCAUCUUGACAAAUGAUCCACAUGCUUGCCAUGUUUAUGUCAGUGACAGCUAGCUAGUGGUUGAUAUACUACUUUUCCAGAGCUGCCAAUAUUGAUUGACCGACAGGGGCGUCAUGGGUUCCCAUGUUUUUUUUGGGGGGCAAGGGCUGUAUUUUUCUGACAAACUCAAUUGGAAAAAAAAAAUUUCCAUACAAGAACAUUUUAAUUUAUCUCCGAAUGAGUGAGAAACAUUUGUACAAAACUUCACAGUGUAUAUGUACAAAGCAUCACAGAUAUGUCAUCUUGACAAAUGAUCCACAUGCUUGCCAUGUUUAUGUCAGUGACAGCUAGCUAACUAGUGGUUGAUAUACUACUUUUCCAGAGCUGCCAAUAUUGAUUGACCGACAGGGACGUCAUGGGUUCCCAUGUGUUUUUUUUUUGGGGGGGGGCAAGGGCUGUAUUUUUCUGACAAACUCAAUUGGAAAAAAAAAAUUUCCGUACAAGAACAUUUUAAUUUAUCUCCGAAUGAGUGAGAAAUGAUGUGGGGCCAGCUAGCCAGUUAUCUAAGCCUGGAGUUAAUGGCUGUGCUGGCAUUAAAAAUAAGCUCCAUUUGAAGAUUGGCUAUACUUCCACAAAAUAAAACCUACAGGUUGCGAUCAGUGUGGUGGAUGUUUUCUGGAGAGAUCCAGUGAUGUUGCUAAUAUAUGUGAAAGUUUAAUUAUCCCAUUAAUUAAGCUGCAAUCUGCCAAAAUGUACCCCACUUUAUUAUUUUACUCUAAUGCCAGACAUUGUUUUGGUGCCCAUCCUUAUGAACUUUCAAAUACACUGAACAUAACAAGUACAAAGAUCACAGCAGUUUUAGUAAGAAUACUGUUUACCCUUUCAGGUUACGUAUUAAAAACUUUGCCAAUACUACUGUACUUAGAUGAAUUAAUUUCUUUUCUGCAGUUGUGUCUCCAAAGUAUUUUUCUCAUCGUGAGUUUUCGUUCACAUUGAAAGACGAUAUUUACAUACGAUAUCAAUCAUUUUCUGAUCAAAAGGACAUGGAGAAAGAAAUUCAAAAAAGAUGUCCCUACAAGAUUGAUAUUGGUGCUGUCUUCUCCCAAAAGGUACAGUGUGUAUAUUUAAAAUGUCAUUGAAAAAUUUCCAAGACCCCUAGAAUUGUACUGAUGAUAUUCAUGUUAACUUGGCCAGUGGGGUAGGAAGGGGGGGGGGGCACUGGGGGCAUGUGCCCCCCCCAUGUUUUCAAAAGUGCCCUUUUUUGGUUGCAAAGUGCCCUUUUUUGGUUGCAAAGUGCCCUUCUGUCUGACAACGUUAACAAUUUCGUUGAGAUCGAAAAAAUUUUUAUUUUAUGGAAAAAUUUAUCAUGUGUCCGAACAAAAUUUUAUUAUUUUUGAAAAAGUUAUGAUAUUUCUGGAAAAAUUUUGUUAUUUUCAGAAAAAAUUAUAUGUCUGGAAAAAAUUAUUACAUGUCCGAAAAAUUUUUUGAGUAGACCUCCACCCGCCCCAACUUUUUGAUGCUUCCUACGCCACUGAACUUGGCCAAAGGAAAGAUAGUUCAUCUUUAAAAUUUGUCUGGGUAUAAACAGAAACAAACAAAAAGAUGGGUCAUCCCUCAAGAACAACUUUACCAAACAUAACACAACCAGAACACCAAGAGAAUAUCAAGCAUCAUACCCUACCCCACCCUCUCAGAAGGGGGGCCUAGGUCUGCCCUAUAAUAGAACUGCCCAAGACUAUUUCAAAGCUCAAACCACUGUAUUUCAAAUUUUGUCUCAAUGUUCCCUCACAACUGUUUUGAUUACCCAUACAGGGGCGAAACUUGAGGGGGGUAUGGGGGGGGGGGUGUCACCCCCCAAGAUACGAAUUAUCCCGAUUGGCAGGGCAAUUAUGAGUACAAUUUUAAGUGAUAGAAUGUAGAGUUAUUAGUAGCUUAUAGAAUGUAGACUAGAUUAUAACAGUUAGCAAACAAUAAGCAGUUGGACAGUUUGUAUGCAUAUACAUUGGCAUCAGCAGUUCAAUUAUACACGUAGCGUAGUGAUGUAUUGUAUUAGUGCUGCAGGCUGCAGGGCAUCAUUGGUUUUGGCAGGGCAAUUCUGCCACACACACCCCAAAUGAAAAGGGGCUAGUUUUGCCCCUGUACCCAGCCAUACAAUGCUUAAAUAAAAACAGAAAAAAAACAUUGAUCAUAAUGCAUUGCAUGCCAAUUCUUAAUUAAAUCUCUUUUUCUAGUACACACCAACUUGGAUUUGAGUCUGUAAAAUUGGGUGAUUUGAAAGAACGACAAGUUGACUAGACAAAAUCCCUGAUCACUUAAGCACUGUAUACACCUAAUAAUAUGUGCUGAACCUCACAACUAAAUAAUACAAGUUGACUUGUAGCAAUUAAUAACAGCAUCUAUUCUAUGUCCGCUAUGUUCAUGAGUAUUUUUUUUAUCUUCAAGCCAAAAGAUAACAAGUCAACAAAAACAAGGAAUUUUCACGCAGAGGAAAAAGAGCUAGUUUUUGAUAUUGAUAUGACUGACUAUGAUGAAGUGAGAACAUGCUGUUCGUAAGUUUAGAAAAUGAACAUUCUUCUGAAUUAUUUACAGUAGACCUUUAUCAAGCCUUAAUUCUCUCAAAAAGCUGGAGGAAAUGUAAUGUGCCAAGCUCCCUACAUGUUUAUAGCCUAUCGUUAUUCCCACAACAGACUCCCCCUUUGAUGUAGAAUUUUACCUGCCUUGCUUAAUGUUCAAGUAUCGUAAAAAAUAAAAUAUUUGUAUCCUCUUUCUUGAAGUGGUGCAAGCAUCUGCAAGCGAUGUUGGCCUUUCAUGAUUGUUGCUAUGAAGAUUGUUGACAAGGCACUAAAAGGUAUGAUAUGACAGAUUAGAUUUUCUUCAUGAAUACAGUAUUUUACAUGUAGAAUGUAGAUAUAAAUUUAUUAGAUUUAGAUUCACAUUUAUUCAUACAGUACUCAUCCUAUGGUUGCAAUCAAUUCUAAUCUUUCUCUAACAUGGAUACUUCUUCAGUAGAGACACCUCUCUAAUACGGACGUCUCUCUAAUAUAGAACACCUCUCUAAUAUGGACACCUUUGCUAAUACAGACAUAUCACUAAUACAGACACCUCUCUGAUAUGAACACCUUUUAAAUAAAUACAGACACCUCCCUGAUGCGACACCUCUCUAGUACAGACACCACUCUAAUACAGACAUCUCUCUAACACAGACACCUUUCUAAUGCAGAUACUCUGUAAUACCAACACCUUUCUAAUGCAGACACCUCUCUAAUUAGGGGUGCACCGGAACUCGGUUCGGCCGGUUAGUUCCGGCCGGAACCCCGAUUUUUUAGAGUUCCGGUUCCGGCCGGAACUAGUAAAAAAAGCAUGGCCGGAACCGGAACUCUGUUGUUUUCAGAGAGAUAGAAUAUCAAACAUUUUUGUGUCUAACAGAAGGUCACAGUAGGAAGAAAUUUGGACUACGCAAGGGAAAUGUACACUACUAACACUUCAUUAUGACGUUUAACGCUUGUCAAUCUUUUUAUUCUAACAUUUGCGAGCUCUCUCCUUUAUGACUUGAAGUGUCUGCCUGUCUGGCAGCGGACAAAGUAACAUAUGACUAUAUAUGGCUUAAUAAAUUAGUUCCGGUUCCGGCCGGAACUUAGAAUACUGGUUCCGGUGCACCCCUAUCUCUAAUACACCUCUAUCAUGCCUGUAUAUUUAGUUUUUUUGCAGGUAGCCAAAAAAAUUUUGCAAUUAGUUUGUGGAAAAUUUAAGUAUUUUUUUAGUUAGUAUGCAUAAAAACUUCAGAGUUCAGACAAGGAUUGCAGUUAGCUUCAGACACUUGCAGGUAGCGCCACUACCUAGGAUAUACCCUGUUUUGACAGGCAUGGCCUCUGUAAUACCGAUACCUUUCUAAUACAGAAACCUCUCUAAUCGAGACACCUUUCUCACCUUUCUAAUACAGACACCUCUCUAACACAGACAACUAUCAAAUAUUUACACUUCUCUAAUACAAACAGCUUUCAAAUACCAAUAUCUCUCUAAUGCAUACAUGUACUCCUCUCUAAUACAGACACCUCUCAAAAAUGGACACCUCUCUAAUAGGACACCUGUCUAAUACAGACAUCCCUUUAAUACAGACAUCCCUCUAAUACAGACACCUCUAAUAUAGACACCUGUCUUAUGUGGGCACAUCUCUUAUGUGGACACCUCUCCAACAUGGACACCUCUCUAAUACAAACACAUCUGUAAUAUGGACAACUUUCCAAUUUUGACACUUCUCAUAGACAUUUCGCUCUGAUUCAAAUGUAGUUUAGCAAAGCCUAUAAAUGUUCCUUAUAUAUAGAGGACUUUGAUUUUGAACAUCGUCUUUGGGUGUACAGUGGUCGUCGAGGAGUUCAUUGUUGGGUUUGUGAUGAAACUGCUCGAAAGUUAUCCCAGGCCUCAAGGUCUGCAAUUGCUGAGUAUCUCAGUGUUAUUAAGGUUUGUGUCUGUUUUGAAUCCGAAUUUUUUUUAAUGUAUUUAAUUUCAAACAACCUGAUUUUGAUGGUAUUUCAAAAAUCCAGAGCAGGGAAACGACCCGAAUCACGAAUAAAACCACACAUCAUUUUUCCCCGCUACUUUGGUUUAAGUAAAUGAAUGAAAUGCAAUUCGACUGGGUAUGGCCUUAGCUGAAUUCGUAUUCUUAGAAGAUGUACAGUACAUUACUUCCGUCUCGGACGGGAAACUGGUCGAAAGACAUUUUGCCGAAAGACAUUUUGCCGAACGGACAUUUUGCCGACGGACGUUUGGCCGAACGGACGUUUUGCCGAACGGACAUUUUGCCGAACGGACAUUUUGCCGAAUGGACAGUUUGCCGAAAGGACAGUUUGCCGAAAAUAGAGAUGUUAUUUCGUCAAAAUGUUUGGGACUGUGACUCAUUUCUCAACUGUGUAAUUCUCAACCAUUGUGUAAAAUAACCAUUAUAUGGUCAUUACUAGUGCAUAAUACUGUAGGUCAUUAGCUGUAAACUUUUACCUUGACAUUCAUGAAUGAUGUUCAAUGAUGUUAUUCUUUAUAUCGCGAAAUUUCGGUAAACUUGUCAAAAACUUGAAAGAAUAUAAAACAAAACUACACUUCACUAUCAAAGUUUCUGUUAUCAAAAUCGACAAUGACUUUAAUCACAGAAACUUUGAUUGUGUAAGCGAACUUUUAAACUUCAGAAGAUAUCUCUAUUUUCGGCAAGUUGUCCGUUCAUCAAACUGUCCGUUCGGCAAAAUGUCCGUUCAUCAAAAUGUCUUUCGGCAAAAUGUCUUUUGGCAAAGUGUCUUUCGGCAAAAUGUCCGGCCACCGGGAAACUUGUCUCAGACAAGAAGUUCGUCCAAAAUUGAAUUUGGUAAACGGUUUUUCCCUUUAUACAGUACAGUAUAUAUUUUUUAAUUGUACCUCUUUUGUGAAUUGUCCGAACUGAUGAUACAGUAAAUUCUAAGGCAAAGUUACUAUCUGGCUGGCUAACAGAUAUGUAUCAGAAAAGUAUCCUGCGUGAUUAUCCGGCUGGCGUUAUUGGUUAUAUAAGGUUCAGGCCUAAUCAUGCAAGGUUAAAUAAUUAAUUUCAUUGGUAACAAAGUGAUUAUGGUGUUUAUAGCAUUUUGACUUGAAAUGAUAGGAAAGAACUCGUCAGCCCAACAUUGAUAAACAUGUUGAUAAAGCCUUGAUAAAGCCAACAUUGAUAAAGCCUUGUUCAAAAUGUUCCAAUUUCCAGUCCACUUUUUCGUAUUUGUAAGAGAGCAUGAAAAAUCUUGAAAAUAAUGCCUGCUUCUCUACGAUAAUUUCAAUUUAAAAUAUGAUAAAUAAUCGUACUGUUUAAUUAGUCAUAUUACAUCAUUUCUAACCUGAAAAGAAGGCCUCAACCUUAAAUAAACAAUAUCUGGUAUCAGGCCGGACACCGGAUAAUGAGAUUAUCUCACUAACUGGCCCGGAUAUCAUCCAGUGCAUCCCUAGUUAUCGGUUGGCAAUUAAUGGAUAUUGAUGUUUUGUUGUUAGGGUGGUGAAAAUCAAGUGAAAAAGGUUCACCUUUCCUCCAAGCUUCAUCCUUCCCUCAGGUAUAUCAUCAUGAAACACUUUUGUUCCCUAAUGUAUUCUUUAAAUUUAUAAAUGAACUACAGUAUAAAGAGGCAGCGCACUUUGUGUAGAGAAUGUGUGCCUCCUGCAGCUGUUUCUGUCUCAGCCUAUAAAGCCGCAGGGUGCGAUAAUUCGCGUACCAACGUACCGGAGGUACGCCAAAUUUAUGGUCUGGUACUUCUUUGUUUUUAGGCAAGUACCACGUAGGUACGCGGAAAUUUGCUAUUCGCGUACUUACAUUUUCCUUCUAGCAAUAACUACAGACCUGCCAAAGUAUUCAAAACCGUGAAGAACUUUAGCUGUACAUGUAAAUUCCACGCAUCUGACAUAUUUUGGGAUGAAAAAGCCAAAAGGUUAUCUUUGCGCUUGAUCAAAAAAUUUAUCGUCAUCGUCCGACUGAAUAAAAAUCGCUCGGGUGAGCGAUUUUAAAAUCGUUAUCGUCAAACGCCGAUAAUGCCAAAACCAUGAAAAAAUAUUCAAAAAAAUUUUUUAUUUCCGACCUACCUACCCUAAUUUUUUCGCGAUAUGAAACCGGAACCAGUAAACUAUAGGUAUAAAAACGCAUGACUCGAAAGUAGUCUUAGGUACGUCUUGACUCUUAAGUUUGUACCAGACCAGGUACGCGGCAAAAGUUGUCGGAGUACCAGUCAGGUACGACUAAAAAUAUUGAAUUAUCGCACCCUGAUAAAGGCCCAUUUCCACUCAAGAAAAAUUUCCACGGACAGAACAUUUUUCGAAAAUGUCAUUGUUUAAAGUGGAAAAAUUUCAACUUCAAAAUUUUUUCGACGGAAAAUUUGUAUCGGCCAAUCACAUUUUACCGAAUUUUCCUUCUGCAGAAAAUUUUCUGAGUGGAAAUGAGCCUUCACUGGUCCACGAAUUUUGUCACUGAUCUCACCUCGCGCUAGACUUGCCACAAGUCGACCUCGAACGAAACGCGAGCAGAGAGCGCGAACAACGAAGUCUAACCUCGCGCCAGUGUUGUAACGAGUUACCUACAGGUCGAGUCACGAGUCGAGUCACUCAAAGGUCGAGUCGCGAGUCGAGUCACUCGACACGAGUCAAUAGCUAAACUUGAGUUUAGUCAGGGAAUUUGAUUAAGUGAUUCAAGUCCACCCCACAUUUUCUGUAAUGGUUCGGUACCCUGGCUUGCAGUCUGUGAAGUUAGUAAUCAAUUCACCUUUUAAAUUAAAGGAGAUUGGCAACAAAAAUUGCUUCAUCUAUCUUAUUGCUUCAUCUGAAAGAGCAUGAAAAAAUAAGCCGAUUGGCCGUUUAAUGCUCUAUUCUAUCUCAUCUAGUUCCGAAGUUAUACGCAAAAAUGUGAAAAUAUAAAUUGCUGAUUCAGCACAACGUGUGACGUCAUUAGCUGGGUAAGUAUGUUUAUUGAAUAUUACACUGAAGCAUAGCUCAGUUAUUAUGGGCCCAAAUCAAAUGAAAUUUUGCAUACUGAUUGUACAUGAUGAGACGCAUGGAAAAACACUUCUAAUUUUGUUGCCAAGGUAACAAUGUCGUUUCCAGGCCCCAUGCGCCAAUUUUAUGAAACAGCUUUAUUCAAGGUACUGAUAAGAAUAAAAUAAUAUCAGAAGUAUGUGUAUGAUACCUAUGCAUGCCAAAAGUUUACUUGGAUGAUAAUAAUUCGAAAAUGACAUACACAUAGAUAAAUGCAAGUAGUUAUUCAAAAUCAGUGUAAGAGGCCUGGGAACGACUGUGUUGCCUUGACAACGAAAUUAGAAGUAUUUUUCCCAUGCAUCUCAUCAUGUACUAUCUGCAUGCAAAAUUUCAUUUGAUUUGAGCUAAUAAUAACUCAGCUAUGCUUUAGUUUACUAUUCAAUAAACAUACUUACCCAGCUUAUGACGUCACAGAAUGUGCUGAAUCAGCAAUUUAUAUUUUGCACAUUUUUGCGUAUAACUUCGGAACCAAAUGAGAUAGAAUAGAGCAGUAAACGGCCAAUCGGCUUAUUUUUUCAUGCUCCUUCAGAUGAAGCAAUAAAAUCAAUAAAAAAUUUUGUUGCCAAUACCCUUUAAGCUAAUUAUAUUGGUUAUUUGAUAACAGUAUUUGGGCAGCUAGACUGUACCAAUAUCACAGUUCUAGUCAAUAUUAUAUAUUAUAUAUCAAUAACGUUAUUAAGAAUUCAAGCUCUUUCAUUGGUCGAGAGCCAUGAUCUAAUAGAGGACAGACGCACGGAAUUACGUCACACAAAACCUUAUGCAAUAGCAUUUCCUUAUUUUUAUACAGUAAAUCAUGUACGCGUGAUAUUUGUAAAAUUUCGACUUUUUUAAAUUUCCAAAUGUUUGGGUGGAUAAAAAGUAAGCUAUUUACCUGUUUAAUUCGGGUUUUUUCGUUAACUUGUUUACUCGUUUAAUUCGGCGGCUCGUGAGCCACUUUUUUGUUCUUGCCACUUUAUGACGUCAUAUUAUAGUAUGUAUCGAAAACUGAACAGACAGCGGCAAAAUCUUAUCUAUUUGUUAAUUAAUUACGACCACGCGAGGUGUCUCAUCAUGCCUGCCGAUCGAGUGUAUAUACAACUACAACCAUAACUUGCAACUGGAUGAGAAUUAUCAAAGAAUAGACUUUAAUUAAUCACGCUUUGUAAGACAAUUUAGGAUGACAUAUAGCACUUCAUAAAUAACCAGAAAUAAAAACAGCCGGUAAAAUUGGUAAGUUAGGACUUGAUGCAAGUCUAACAAGUUGUUUGCAACAUUCAAUGUGAAAAUUCAAUUCAUUGAUAUCAUAAAGCACGGAACGAACAACAAAGUCUAAAACUUGGAAUGCAAAAUUCAAACAUUAAUUUUGGCGGUAAUCACCCUCCAUACAGAUUUGACUACCGCUGUGCCACGACCUUGCACUGGCUUAGUACACGGAUCUGAUUGGUUAGUCGGAUAUAACAAACGCAUCUGAUUGGUUAAUAGUCCGUUAAUGGUAGCGGUAGUGAAAAUCAAAUCUGAAUCUCCCUAAUAUAGCCGUUAAUACUGUAAACAUUUAUUUAUUGCUUUUGUAUUAAAAUGUAAAAUUGUGAUUUGCAGCCGAGCGUCAAAAAUAUUGGAAAACUAUUUUCCUUUAUUAAUGUUGGAUUAUCAAGAAAUUUUAUCAAGUAAGGAAACCUGGAAAAAUGUCUUGGCAUUAGUUCCGGAUGAAAAUAUCCUUUUUGCUAUAAAUAUGAUGUACUAUUUCCUCAUUUUCUAUAGGUUUUUGCCCUUUGAGUAAGUAAAUAAGUACUGUAAGUAAGUAAGUGCAGUGGCGUAACUGGAUGGUGUUUGGGUGCCCAGAGGCGCCCCCCCCCCGGCAAAAAUGACCAUAAAUUUUUUCUAGUACAUUGGGCAAAUUGGCCCGAGCCUCAGUUAUAGAGGGUAAGAAAAUUUGCAACGGGUGGUCCCCAAAAGCAGGAAUUAGUGAAAUUUUGAAAUUUUGACCCCCUUUUUUGGUAGACAUGGAUAGGGAAAAAUUUUUGUGACUUUUUUACUUGUCAUAGUCCAGAAAAUUUUUUGAACACCUCAGUUUUUUUCCCAAAAUUUAAAAUGUUUUAGGGAAAAAUUUUUUAGGGAAAAAAUUGGGCCCCACUUAAAAAUUUGACGGGGGCGUGAGUACACCACUGUUAUGCCUCCGUUACGCCACUGAGUAACUGGGGGAUGUGCUAAGUCGAAGGCUUACUAAGGGCGCCUCUGGCAGCCACGUUAUGACCUGUCUGAUCACAGAGCACAGCUACGGUUGAAGGGUCAGUUAGGGGACUAAUCCCAACCCACCCUGACAACAUUCCCUGUUGGAGGAAACCGGAGCACCUAACUCUUUUCACACAAGUGCCAUUAGUCCGAUGUGAGGAUCGAACCCACAAUCUCACAGAUCGCUGACCAACAGCAUGCAAGUAAUCAAAUUACUUUACCCCAUUUUCUUUGCUGACUCAUAAACAAACAAAAUUUCUACUUUGCCAGUUUUUUCUAGGACAAGUUUACUUGUUGAAAAGUUAGCGUAUACCACUAAUACCAGCUUGUGAACAAGGGUACUUGUCAUAUGGUAAAAAUUGGCAACGUUGCCUAUACAGACGAGCAAAUAAAACUUGUUAUACGAAAACUUGGCAUAGAAAAUUAACUCGCCGGUAACGGGAUUAAAAGAAUGAAAAUUUUGAAUGUAGACACAACCAUGAAGUAAUAUAUUAUACUGAACGCGUGUUAUGUAACAUACAAAAAAACGUACCCACAAUUUGGUCGUUUCUUGUCAGGGGACUCCUUAAAAUAAGUUUGUUUUCUUAACAUCGGUUCACCCAAACAGAAGCUUGAAACAAAGUGGGAAGAAAACAAGGAUGAAACAUCUAGGCAGAGAUGGGAGGAUUUGGAAACUGAAUUGGUAAUGUCUAAUGUACCGGUGAUGCUUGUACGAAAGCCGAAUAACACUAUCCAUAGUCUAUCAAGAUGUGAUGGUCUGGACUCUGGAGACUAAAUAGAAGUCAUUGUAUUAUGUUUUCGUUUGAGUUUAUACAUGUUAAUUUGUGCAUGGUCACGGUGAUUGAUCUCAUUGUAUUUUCGUAUAAUGAAGUAAUCGUCCAAUAAGGAUAGCUGAGAUGAAACCAUAGGCGUACCGGGCGGGGGGGGGGCGGUAGCCCCCCCCCCAGUUUUUUGGGCAGUCGGGCAAUAUUCGAUCAACAGUCGGGCAAUUUUGGUUUGCAAUAAAAAAAAUGGGACAAAUUCUGUCAAUUUUGUCUAAAAUUAAGUCAAUUUUUUUGCAAAUUUUGUGAUUUUUCGAAAAUUUGUGUUAUGUUCCGGAAAAUAUUGGUUGUCCGGAAAAUUUUUUUGACCCCUAAAAUGGUACACUGACCGAAAUUUUUUUGGCGACGGGGGGGGGUUGGGGGAGGGGGAGGUCGCCAAAAUAAUUUUUCCGGAAAAAUUUUUUGGUAGUAGUCGGGCAGAAUCCCGAAAAGUCGGGCAAUUUUCUUUCCGCCCCCCUAAUUUUUUCCUUCCGGUACGCCCAUGGAUGAAACGUGCAACCACGAUGAAUAAUGAUGCUUGUGAUGUUACUCUGAGUGUGCAUCCACACCGGGCAAGCUGAAAAGUUUGCCUGACCACGGUGGGAAUCGAACCCGCGACCUAUGGGAUACUAGUCCCAUGUUCUACCAACUGGUCUACGAGGUCAAGUCGGUUCGACCCGAAGGUCGCGGGUUCGAUUCCCACCGUGGUCAGGCAAACUUUUCAGCUUGCCCGGUGUGGAUGCACACUUAUGGUAACACCACAAACAUCAUAUUCACCUGAGUACAUAACACCAACACACACAAAAAACGAUGAAUAAUGUUUAAUAAAGUUCAGACAAAGGAUUUGUGCACGGUGAUGCGCAGUUCAACAUCAAGCAAAGACCUUCUAUUUUGUAGCUUUGACAAUUGCCGAGUUUCCAGACCAUCAUAUCUUGACAGACAAUGCACUAUCCGCCAGACAGUGAUUUUUUAAAACUCUCUAAAAUUGUCCGUUGAUUGGAAUAACCCAGAUUAAACUCUAGUAUUUAUAAGUUAAAGUUUCGUUGCUCUAUAUCCGUAGUUUUAUAACUUUUCAAAGAAUUUUUCAGCGGUUGAAAAAAUCACUAUCCAGUGAAUGUUAUUGUUUAUUUUCAGGAAGCUUUCUCACAAAGUGGUUUUCAGAAAGUUCUUGAACUAAAUAAACAAAUUACAAGGAAGAUAUGCAUAUACUACAUAGAUUGCUAAACAAGUUUCUCCCAAAUGUAGAAAUAAUAUAAGAGAGUUUUAUCUUUCUGUCCAAGUUGUUCCAGUCUGUUAUGACCUGAUAAACGAGACUUUGCUUUCCCCAUGCAAUUCCUUAACACUUUAGGUGGCCUUAAAUUGUCCUUAUUUCGCGAAUCGUAUAGUUGUGUAUUUCUCUGUUCGCUAGAAGUUCUCCGGGCUUCGUACAACCAGCCCCAUGUAAUACCUUUAUAGCUAUGGUAAUAAAGUGUGCUGCAAAGUGCGUGGUAUACUUCAUUUUUAUGUAAAUAUAUUUCAUAAACCGGUAUGUUUUAUCCCUCUAGAUACAGCAGAGGCAUAGAAUAUAGAGAUUAUCUAGUACAGAAGUCCGACUCAACCAAAAAGUGUAACCAUUCACAAUGAUUUGUCUACAAAAUGCACUCGUCAAGUUCCUAGCUAAUGCACUUAUAGGCCCAUUUACACGAUACGAGUCGUACCGUACACGAUUCUUAUCCUGUGGUAUAUACUCGAAUAAAUGCAUGUAAAAAUGUUCAAAUUUUGCCUUAAACUGAUGGACAGGCAGGAAUAGUGGGGUCACCAGUUGUUUUCAUACGCCAGAAUGACAAUCGUGUACGACUAGUCGCAUCCCCAGUAAACACGAAGCUCUAGGAAGAUGUUCUGUGACUGGUUGGCUAUGACAAUGACAAAAGACGUAAUUGGCUUACAUAAACAAAAGGAAUAUUGUUCUUGCUUCGUUCUUUAGAAAAUCCAUUCUAUGACUAUAGCUUAUUCUUUUGUCAUUGUGAUAAUCAACCAAUCACAGAACAUGUGUUAUAUGCGAAUAUUUUGAUGGGGUGAAUGCCUCUCAUAAGCGCACUGGCUAAGAACAUGGCGACAGCAUGUGAACAUUGCUCGAUUUGCAACGGUUACGCCAAAAUCAUAGGCGUCAACAAGAAAUCGGACUUGCACACCCCUCCCCCUCCCCUGCACCACACGGUAGAUCCGCCCCCUGUUUUCCAUUAUUCAUGCAGUAUUUCGAACAUGCCUUUGUAACAAUGUGACGAGGAGCAAAAUUAGACGAGUCAUACCAAGUGUAAUUAGGUUGAGAAAGAAAAAUUGUAAAACCAUGAAGUAUUUCAUUUACAAAAGAAGCAAAUAUAUUUUUCAGAAUGACCCGAAGAAAAAGUCCUGUCGUGAAGAAAUCAUGUUUCAAUAUUGUUAUCCAAGACUUGACGUGAAUGUCACCAAAGGACUUAACCAUUUGCUGAAAAGUCCUUUUUGUAUUCAUCCAAAAACAGGUAUACGACCCGUCAGUUUGAAUGUUCUUCCAUCAUAGUGAGAUAAUGUGGAUUUUACCUUCGAAAUUUGUGGGCGAGGUUUUGCAACUAUGCAAGUUUAUCAAUAUUAGACUGAAGUUCUUUCCUAUUAUUUCACACAAAACCGGAGCUGUAACUUAACACUUGCCCGGGGUUCGGCUCCACAGAAUUUUUUUUUACAUUGUCAAAAUAAUUGAUUACUUUAAAGCCAAAAAUCUGCCAUCUUGAAACGUCAUUGUUGCUAUAGCAACGGCAGUUGCGUAACUUGUGCAAAAAUUCAAAUUCGUUAGAUGUUGUUUUCUGUAAGCAAGGUACUUUUUGUUUAUCAACAAAUAAUAGUUGUCCAAAAAUACGCAUCUAAAUCGUGAAUUUUCCAUUUUUGUAAAAACUGUAUCGAGCCACCUUAACCUGGAAUGUAUGUGUUGAUUAAGAACGUUAUGCUGUACAUAAGCAGCUAAUUAUCAUCUGCAGCUGCUUGUCAUUUAGUCAUAUUUCUUUUUCACUGCUUUUAACAGGCAGAGUUUGUGUCCCUAUUGACAUUGGGAGAGUUGACGAGUUUGAUCCUUUCGCAGUUCCCACGAUAAGGUAAUUUCAGCAAUUAACAUUUGAUGCGUCGAUAUUUCUAGAUCCCAUAACAUUGAUUUCAGGUACUUUUGCGCAGACUUUAAUUAUUCUUUUAGACUUUGCUGGUUGAUACAGUCAACACCAAUUUGUACGAACACCUCUCUAAUACGGACAUCCCUCUAAUAUGGACUCCUCUUUAAUAUGAAUACCUCUCUAAUAUGGACAUCUUUCUGAUACGGACAUUUCUCUAACACGGACACUUCUCUAAUAAUAUGGACACCUCUCUAAUACGGACACCUCUCUAAUACGGACACCUCUCUAAUACGGACACCUCUCUAAUACAGACACCUCUCUAAUACGGACAUUUUUUUAAUACGGACACCUCUCUAAUACGGACAACUCUCUAAUAUGAGCACCUCUCUAACACGGAAACCUCUCUAAUACGGACACCCCUCUAAUACGGACACCCCUCUAAUACGGACACCCCUCUACAGACACCUUUUUAACAUGGACACCCUCUCAUAUGGACACCUCUUCAAUACGGGCACAUUUAUUCUCUUAUUCUAGCCAACUUUGUGAAGAAAUUGAUGAUAUAGGCAGAAAUGCAGCAACGGAUGAAAACCAACCAUCGCAAACGCCAAAAGGUUCAGUAAAGAAACGAAACAUCCCAAAAACCUUUUUGAUCAAAAAAUCGGUCUUUUUCUGUAACCCAAAAAUUAUUUACAAAUCUGCAAGAACUCUCAAAAGUAUGCUGAAUACCAAAGAAGUGGGAGGCGCAUGCAUACUGUGGUCUAACCACGUGGUCCAACCUUUGGCCAUCCAACCUUCGGUUUUGCAAAGUUCAGGUUUUGUCCCAAGCUUUACUCAUACUUCUUCAGAUUCUUUACCAUCUUUUUCUUUCAAUAUAACAGUCAGUUAUUUUCCUAGCCACUUUUUCUGAAAUAUAUUCAGCUCUGUUUUCUUCCAUCAAAACAAUUGUUUCAAGUCGUAACAUAGGAAACGUCAAUCCAAUUUGUUCCGAUCAAUGCCAUUCAUUAAUUUACGCCUUUUUUUUCAAAUCAUCGAUCUUUAGGAUACAAGAGCGCAUUGCUGGAAACCAGUAUGAAAGUUUUUGAAACGUUUUUGCUAAAGCUUGACGUUGAAAACCAAGAGCGGUUGAAGCAAGAAAAAAAUGAAAGAGGUAUUAGUUUUAAGAUAAUAGCUAAUCUUUCAUUAAGGCCUCUUUCAUUGAGGCUGAGUGCUGAAUUGCAAAGGACGCAGUUCGUCGGUUUGAGUCCAAGGUUUAGUUAACAUGCGAUCAUAACGGCUUAUUGACCGAGCGAUGAAGGAACGAGGUCUGAUAUUUCACAGUGCACACCGAACAAGCGAAGUCAAUAAUCAGUUUAUUAUGAGUCUGUGAGCAUGUGCUUUUCGCGCGAAUUAAAUCGGCUAUCGUCAGUUUCACUGGGUAACAAUAUACGGUAGGCAUGCAUGCUCAAUCAAAAACAAUUUAGUUGUUUAAAAUUUUAUCUGUAAAGCACAAUUGGAAAUUUAAAAAGCGAAAAUUUUUCUGUUUGCAAAGCAAAAAUUUCCCGCCAGAUAAACGACAUCCGGGACACCGGUCCAGAUACGGAAAAUACGGACCACGGUCCGGAUAUGGAUUUUUACGGACCGCUUGUCAACCAAUCAGAAUAGAGAAUUUUGAAAAGCCAUAUCAUAAUACUGUGUAUUACAUGUACAGAGCCUGGGAACCACACUAUAAUUUUAUAUUUAAAUUCUGGGUUUUGGUGGAUAAUCCGAGUGAGCAUAUAUCUAUACAGUACACAAGUUAAGACCUAACCAGGAACGGUUGCGAAAAAUGCAGCUCUGGCUCCUCUGGUAGGAAUAGAACAUGCGGCGCUGUGAUUCCGAAACAGCGCUGUAACCAACUGCGCUGCUCCGGAAUCGCAGAGACGCAGGUUCGAUUCCUACCAGAGGGUCUAAUGUUGCAUUUUUUGCAACCGUUCCUGGUUUGGUCUUAAAUCGUAUAUUCUUACUUUGGUAUAUUUACCAAAUCCCAGCAUUCAAGUUCAACCAAGUGAAGUGCAAAUAACAGUUUUAUAUUUAGUUUCCAAUCAAAAUUUCCCAGGAGAUGUGUCAAUUUCGUAUAACAACAGAAACAAUCUAAGUAAUGUUUACAACAUGAGCGGCCGUGUUGUAUCGGAUAUACAAACUCGAGCCGAAGGCGAGAGUUUGUAUAUCCGAUACAACACGGACGCAAAUGUUGUAAACAACUUAAAAAACGACUCAUUCAUUGGCGAAGUAAUUUUAAAAAUAAACGUUGUCUAAGCCGAGAAAAUCAAAGUUAAAAUUUAUGUAAAUCAACAUGAAUCUGUAUCACAUAUACAGAUACGACACGCUUAUGAUUUUUCUUUGUGUUUUCUUCAUGAAUUAUUAAUGAGUUUUUUAAUUGUAUUUACAAGAUGCCACUAAAUAUUUCAUUAUCUAAUUAGCAUUGCUUGCUCCCAGGCUAAACGAUACAUUAAAUAUGGCCUGAUACUCAUGCUAGAAAUAACCAAUCAGAGCUACAUUUUUCUUCCCCCGCCCGCUUUGAGAAAGGCCUUACCGCAGGUUAAGGUUUACAUCAUAAGACCCAUGUUAUAAUCACGAAGCAAAGCUGCAGUUCCCAUCUGCAAAAGCCCUUCAGCAUUUGGUAUAAAAUAAGCUUAUUGAAGACUUUCUGAAAAAUAUAUAUCGAACCUUCUAUAUCUACUGGUCACUAUACUUCCCUUUUUCUUUCAUAGUUUAUCAUUGUUGUAGUUAAUGUUGUCAUACGAUAAUGAAUUGUACGUGUUGUAAUUUUCAUUUUCAUUUUUAUUAUGCAGAGAAAACAACGGAGUGGUGAAAAUUUUAUCAGAAAUGGAAGGAUAGUCUCUUUGCGCGUGUCGCGGGUAAACUGACGCGGAUAAUUUUUUUUAAAGUAAUUUUUUCCGGGAACUAAUAUUCCACUUGUGCAAAAUUCUCAACUGCAAUCAGGGCCGCAGCUAUAGGCAGGAGGGGGUGUGACACCCCCUGAAAACGUCUUGUCGGCAAAAUAACUGUUUUAUCGGCAAAUCGUUUUCGUAUGAUGAGCGAAAAUGUUUGAGUGGCUCGGAUUAAAAAGUAAUAGUUAUAGCAAAAAUUUUGAUAAAUUUAUGGCACAACAAUUUUUGGGAAAAAUAUUAAUUAGCGGCUGAAAUGUUGUCGGCAAUGCGAUACUACACCCCCUGCUUCAGCCUCUUCGCUACGCCCCUGACUGCAACGUGCCAUUCCGGAAAGUGCGACGUUUUCGUGUGUGUGAGAUUAGUUAAAUCCAAGCGGCUCCAUCACGAAAACGAGACUCAGAGGCCAAAGUUACGUACCUUCGAAUUCUGGAAGGGUCUAUUGUUACACGGCAAAUUACCUGCGCCUAUAUGUACAAGCUACAAUUUACCUGGCCAGUAUCUUCAUGUUAUUUAAGAAGUAUAUCAUGUUCCACCAUAUGUUAUAAUAGAUUCAAUACAUAAUAAAUCAUGACCGUA